CGCAAAUCUCUCAUGCAAGAAUUAAGCAUUCCUUGGUUACGUUCUUCUCAUUCUUUUUCUUAUUCAUCUUCAAGUUUAAGUUCUUUUAUAAUCAAAAAAUCAAAUUUUUUAAAUAUCAAUGUGUUAUCUUUGGCAAAAUUGAGAAAAAUGGCGCAAAUUAAAAGGAUCCAUUUGAAUGCAUGCAAGGUGUUUGAUUAAAUGCCGCUGAUGCAAAAGCCUCCCUGUUAAAAAUUUGGUUUGAUUAUAAUAUUCAGAGAGGGGGGGGGGAUGCAUGCUGGCAUGAACCAGAUUAAGAAUUAAAGAAGCAUUGAAAGAAUGGAGGAGGAGAAGUCAGGGGAAAACAAUGGAGCCACCACGCGCCACCGCCGUCGUUAUCUAGCCAGAGAAUUCGGUUCCAGGUUCCGGUCGCCUAUUCUGUCAACAAGGCGUAGCCUUUCCCCAAAUGUGAGGCAAGCAACAGCUGAUGAAGAAACAGUUUCAUCAGCUGAUCGAACGCAGCCAUCACCAGAAGCUAUGAGGAACCAUUCCCUUGGUGAUGGUUUGUUGUUGGUGAAAAGGGAAGGAAAUCAACACACGUUAAAGAAAAUAGAUUCUUUGAAAUCUAAGGUUCUUGAUCCACAGAGAUGGCCAAGCACAGCAGCUAAUGAACCAACACAAGAAUCUUCAAGAAUGCUACCAUUUGGUAAGGAUGAGAAGGAAGAGAUUGGUUCUCGUUCCGUUGAAGAAAAUUCACUGAAAAUAAGAAAGGGGUCUCGUCCUGCCUCGCCAACAAGAGGAAAUAUGCAAUCUUUGCCUAUAUCAGAGAGUUCCAGAUCAUUGAGUAGCCUACACUCUGAGCUGCUAGAUAGGUGGCCAGGUAGAACAUGUGGGAAAGUUAGUUCUGAUUCUUCAAAUAGUGGUGCUGGUGGUAAAAUUGAUAGAAGUAGUGGAACUAGUUUACGGGCUCGCGCAUUGUCUCUUGAUGAACUUUCCAAACCACUGCAGAAAUCUCCCACUCAAGGUGUGGGAGAGAAUUCCACUUCAAUAGAUAGUCUACAUUCCCAGUGGUUGAAUCAAAGUAGAUGGCCAAGCACAACAGGUGAAAAAACAUCUUCAAAUCCAAUGAACAAAGAUGCCGAAUCGGGUAAAAGUAACAUAAGACCUACAUCCCCCUUACAAAGGUUGUCUUCAGAUGGAGAUGCCAAAAUGGUACAUAAAUUAUCCCGAGAAAUGCAGCCAUUUUCGCCAUCACCUGAAGGUAAAAAAGCUGGCUUUGGGUCGCACCCAAUAGUUUCACAGCCAUCACGAAGAGAGAUAACAUCAUUUGUAAAUCCUGGCUCGCGAUCUCGCCCAACCUCACCAAAAAGAGCGCCUACAUUGCCUUCCACAUUUCCCAUAAGAGUUAUUCCAUCUGACUUGAAGGCUAUAUCAAGUGAUACAUCAUUUUCUAUGGCUCUGUCACAGAGAUUGUCUUUGGAUGGAGCUAUUAAACCACUACAAAGUUCUUCUGGUGACAUGCUACCACUAAUAACAUCAAAUGAACAUACAGGAGGAGGCUUGGGGGUUAGUUUGGUUAAUAGUAACACUUUGACACCUGAGAGAAAAAUUACACCAUUCCUGACCCCCAACACCCGAUCUCAUCCUACUUCACCAGAGAAAGCAACUGAACUUUCGUCCUCUGUAUCUGAAGCAGUUAGUCCAUCUAGCAAAAAGGUUAUGGCAAGUGAUAGAUCAAUUUUUAUAGGAUCAAAAACACCCCCAUUACAGAGAAUGUCUUUGGAGAGUGAAAAAGGGAUGUUCAGGUUUCAUUCGGUUGAUGAUAAUUAUCUGUCACUACAAAGAGAAAGAACAACUUUGGUUAACUGCGGCACAAGAUCUCGUCCUGCCUCACCAAAUAAAGCAUCUUCUCCGUAUUUCUCUGCAUCUCGAGCAAUUCCGUCUCAAUCAAAGGCUAUAGCAAGUGCCUCAUCAAGAGGAGUUAGUCCUUCUAAGGUCAGGCCAUCUAGCCCAUCAAGACCACCCAAUCCAGCGAUCAUAUUUUUAGGAGAUAUUCAGGAAAAAGAUGAAAAUCUAACAGAAGAUGCUCAUCAGUUAAGGCUAUUACAGAACAGAUACUUGCAAUGGCGGUACGCUAAUGCGAAAGCAGAUGCUGCAAUACAUGCAGAGAAUGUUGAUACACAGGAAAAUGCAUAUAAUAUGUGGAACGCUAUUUCAUGUUUGUGGAGAACAGUAACUGAGAUGAGAACUAAAAUUCAACAGCUGAAGCUGCAAUUGAAGCUACACUCAAUUUUGAAUGAGCAGAUGUCUUACCUUGAAAAAUGGGCUACAAUUGAAAGGAACUACAUACGCUCAGUAUUGCGAGCUAGCCGAGAUAUGAAAUCAUGUGUCUUGCUUCUUCCCAUGACAGGAGGAGCAAAGACUGAUAUUCAAUCUCUAAAGUCAGCUGUUAGCUCAGCCUUUGUCAUGGGGCAGUAUGUGGAAUCAUCAAUAUAUUUAAUGCUAUCACAACUGGAGGGGACAAGCUUUCUAGCUUCUGAACUUGCCGGCAUUGUGGCACAAGAGAGAGCUCUGCUUGAGGAAUUUGAAUUGCUAAUGGCUCCAAUAGCAGAGAUGCAGGUAGAAGAAUGUAGCCUUAGGACUUAUCUUAUGCAGUUGGGAACAAAUAUGCAAAAGCGGUAACCAUUGAUACGAUCUUCUGCUGAUAUAUAAUCCACAAAAAGAUUGCAGAGAGUGUACAUGGAUAUGUAAGUAGGAAUGCAUAGUUUUAUCUUCUCUUUUGGCUUACUUUUUAUCCUUUUACUAACCCUUUUUGUCAGUUUAGCCUCUUAGUUAUAGAAAUGCCCAACUGCAGCCCCUCCACAAAAAGGCAAUCAAGAGAUGAGGAAUAA